AUUACUUCGUACCGUUUACGUCUUCUGUUCUCGGAUCUACUUAAUCGUAACAUACCGCGGUGUUUUAGCAGAAUAACUCCUGCAGAUCGUCAAAAUUCUACGUAGAAGAUGCUGUAACAGUAGUUCUGUUUGAAUCUGACUUUGUAAACUUUGAUACUGUGAAUUGAUGUGAUGCUGAAUUGAUUGGUUUAAAAAAUGCUGAUGUUUUUGACAAUUGUAAAAUUACGUUAAAUUGAUGUUGGCAGAGUGCUAGCAAUCUGUGCAGUCAUGUCUCGGAAUCCCAUACCAGCUUCGAAUUCCGAAAAUCGUGCUGGAAUUCGGACGAUUGGUGACGGCAUGCAGCGCUUGUUGACAGGUGGCGAAAUGAGCGAUGCACAGUUCGCGGUGGGAAGGGAUUAUGGUGCCGGCACGUGAAGAUCUUCUCAGUCCACAGCGCAGUAUUCCAGACGAUGUUCUAUGGAAGUGUCCCAGAAACUGUGCAACUCCUAUCGACAUUCCCGAUAUUCUUCCCGAGACCUUCGAUAAUAUGCUCAGUUAUAUCUACACGGACGCUGCGAAGAAUUUUACCCAAGAUAGCGUCUUCCACACUUUGGGUUGCGCGGAUAAAUAUGAUUUACCAUUGUUGGUGGUCAUGUGCACUGACUUCAUCCUUGAUAAGCUCGACUUCAGCAAUUGCUUGAGCAUGUUGGACAGUGCGGUUCACUGCCAAUGAAGACGUUAUUUGUGCAAACAUAACGAGCUCGGCAUUCUGUGUUAAUAAAUCUGAAGACUGCUAAAACUGCUUACUUGUCAACAGAGGAAUUUUUUUUCGCUUGUUUCUGCUGGUACUGGUAGGUGGGCUGCAAACAUGUGCACGCGAAAGAACAUGGAUGCAUCCUCCGCCAACCGGCGCGAUGUUUUAGGCCGAGCGUUGUUUCUCAUUCGGUUUCCGCUGCUGACGCAUGCUCAGCUGCUGGAUGGGCCCUUGAAGGACGGUUUAUUGCUGCAAUCGGAGUAAUGGACAUUUUCAAAUACAAGCACGCUGCCAGCAAGCCGCUGCUGCCGUUCCGCACGGAGCCUCGACGAAAUGUGCGCGCUAAGGGUGUCAUUAACUUUACGGUUCCUGAUGCCAGGAAGCUGCAGGAGAGGGAUAUAUUUAGCGAACCUAUUACAGUUAGAAAACUGCUUUGGAGAAUCAAAGCUGGACAGGAAAUUAACAAUGAGUCUGCUACUUUGGAUGUCUACCUCUCUUGCUCUGGUUGUGCGAAAUCGACUUCCUGGGCGUGUCAGGUUAAUGCAAAGCUGUGUCUGCUGCCCUGGAAAGCGGAAACUGCACCAGUUACGAAAGAGCUGUCAAAGUUGUUCGACAAGGAUAGCCGUGCCUGGGGAUUUUCGUUUAUUUCUAUGGAGUGGUUGCUGGAUCCGAUGACAGGCUACGUUAAUCCUACUGACUUCUCCUUGAAACUGCAAAUCCAGAUGUCUGCCGAUCUCCCUGCCGGAAUGGAGUGCCUUUAAUUUGCGGGUGGACGUGUCUGUAUGAAAAACAGUGGCGCUGUGAGAAAUGUUUUUGGGGAACGAUUUUAUGACUUCCCCGGCGUUCUCAUAGGACAUAAACGUUUUCUUAUGUUGAAUUUUGUACCCCCCUUUUCGACUAAGUGGAUUUCGGUGGCUAAGGAGCCAUAACUUAA